AUGCCCCCUAUUCGUGCGCUAGAUGACUGGGCUACCAGCCGUGCAUACACCCUCGCUCUCUCUAGCCUGAAAGGGACCGUCAUCGGCAUCGAUGCCACCUACUACCUCUACCAACACCUCCACCACCCGUCCACUCGCGAACCACUCCUAAUUGCCCUCGGCGGCUUCCCCUUUGCCCUUCGAGCGAAUAUUGAGCGAGAGCUGAAAGAGCUCAAGGAGUUGGGCAUUGGCUGCAUUUUCGUCUUCGACGGUCUUCAAUUCGGUGUUGAGGAUUCGCAGAAUCGUGUACGGACCGAUUCUAGGCGGGCGGAUUCGGCGCGUGCGUUUGAACAGGCGUGGGAUUUGUAUGAUCAGCAACAGGCUGAUCAGGUGGUUGAUGCUUUUAGCAAUGCUGGCAACCCCGAGCCAGUCGAGUUCUAUCGAUUCCUGCAACGAAUCCUCUACGAAAAUAAUAUCGAUUUCUUUGUAGCUCCCUAUAGCGCUGCUGCCCAGCUCAAGUAUUUUGAAAGCACACCCAAGCCUUUUGUUGACUUUGUCUGGGGAUCCACCGAUGUGUUUCUAUUUGACGUUGAAAAGGUCAUCCUCAAACUCGACCUCGACGCCAGCCAAUUCCUCUGGAUGUCCAAGGAACGCUGCAGGGAAGAACUGGGCCGACUCACCAACGAGCAAUUCCUUGAAUUUGGCUUGUUGCUAGGCUCUCGGUACCUUCGCACCUUUCCUCCGUUCGAAAAUUCCACCUUCCCGGGCAAGCCGUGGAAUAUCCGCGAUGCAUUGAAUAUUUUCAACGGAGCCAAUCGACAUGCCACCACAUUAUGUUCACAGUUCGAGGAGGACCGCCGUGUGCAGGACCUCCAGUAUCUCGACCGCUACAAACGAGCUUAUAUGUCCAUCAAGCAUCAUGUAACUACAGAUAACGAAGGUCGUGUUGGUCCAUUGGAUCCAGAAACAGCUCCAUCAGACGUGCACGAACUGAUCGGCCAGCGUCUACCGGAGGAACUGUAUUACUACAUAUCUAGAGGUGUUCUGGGGUCCAAUAUCCCCAACUACCUAACUACUGGUCAGCUUACUGUACCAUUGCCCUUUGGUGUUGAAGACUCUGAAGUUUACCGUCGUCUCGCUGGGGAUUCACUUAUGCCAAUUCGUGAACAGGCGGUUGGAUUGCUUUCUAAUAGUCUCCACCGAUUCUAUCAGACCAAGGUCAUCAAUGUGCGUCUUUGGCAUGAGGAGAACUCCACCCGGACGAUUAACCUCAAAACAUUACCCUCAGUCAGAGAUUCUAUUCGAAGCUGGAGGAUUAGCCAUAAACAGUUGCCUAGUGAGCUGGCCAACCUUGAGACCCCUCGUGGAUCCCUGAAAUUUGCUGCUGAGAGCUUGACAAAUUCGGACUUUGUGUCAAAAACCUUUUCUUCUAAAGAAUCUGUCGCACUAUCUUCGGAAGAUGAGAUCUUGCAUCAAACUCUUUUGGCAUUUCUGCAGCUUCGUGGCUACGUGAAUAGCAAGCAUGAGCUCACAGACUGGGGAAAAUGCUUUGUUGAAGCAGUCAAGGCCCUCGACACAGCCAAAGCUCCAGUCGAUUCUCAAACAUAUGAAUCUGUCUUUACUGCCGUCGAGAUGCUACGAAUGGGAGUUUUAGGUCCUAGCAAUUGGUUCCCACAUCACUCAGGUGGACCAAUGCGCGGUUCAGACGAGGACAAAUCAUUCAACCUUCUCAUCUCGCGUGUCGCAUGUAUUGGGAAAUUGAAGCACAAACCUAUUGGCUACUCAGGACCACUCAGUCGCCAGCUUCUAUCUUUCCGCUCCCUGAUCUUCGCUGUUCGACGAACUCUGAGGGAGUUGGUUGAAGUGGUUCUCACCUCGAUGCUAUUGAGUGGCGAAGUGGAUAGAAACAUUGGCAGCGAAGGACUGACUUCAAUCAGUUAUAAGUUACCAUUUGUCAACGAUAAUGAUUGUGGCCUCGGAAUUGCAGUACGGACCUAUCUUGAUGACCUACUCUACCAACCUGAAUCGUCGUCUCCUAAAACCCGAGAGGAGGUUAGGGCCAAGGGCAAAGAAUGGUUCCAGCAUAGUGAAAGCUUCGAAGACAAUCUAGAUGCUGCUUUUACUCUGUGGGAUGCGGUUUAUGCUGCCUCUCAAAACGCACCGAAAGACUUCAAGACGGCUAAAGUAUGGGAGGAUGCUAAUAAAUGGCUGGCUAGCCACCGAUGA